AUUCUGGGAGAGAAAAAUGGCGGCUGCUAGUGUUUGCCAUAGAAUAGGAAGGUUCUUGGAGAUGGCGCCAGCGUUGGGACGUUGGCCACGGGUUUACAGCACGUCCCCUGCCUUCUCUGAAGUGCUAAGGCUGCCCCAGAAACAACUAACGAAAGUAGUGUACCCGCUGCGGGAACUGGAGCGGCACCUCGUCGCGGACACUAGGCCAGGCCUUAUCGAACAGAGCCUCUUCGACCCGAGCCUGGAGGACAUCGCCAAGGCAGAGAGCAUCUUCGCAGUCACGGCCCGGAACCGCAUCGAGUACCUCAGCUCCGCGGUCCGCCUCGACCACGCCCCGAGCCUGCAGCAGCCGGAGGUGUGUUUCAUAGGCCGAAGCAAUGUUGGAAAAUCCUCCUUGAUAAAGGCCUUAUUUUCCCUGGCCCCUGACGUAGAAGUCAGGGUCUCCAAAAAACCGGGACACACAAAGAAAAUGAAUUUUUUCAAAGUUGGAAAACAUUUUACAUUGGUGGACAUGCCAGGGUAUGGCUAUAGAGCACCCGAAGAUUUUGUUGACAUGGUAGAGGCCUAUCUAAAAGAACGAAAGAAUUUGAAAAGAACAUUUUUAUUAGUGGAUAGUGUUGUUGGAAUUACAAAGUUCGACAAUAUUGCCAUAGAAAUGUGUGAAGAAUUUGCCUUGCCUUAUGUGAUGGUAUUAACAAAAACUGACAAAUCUUCCAAGGGAUAUCUUUUAAAACAAGUGCUUCAGAUCCAGAAGUUUGUUAACACACAAACGCAAGGCUGUUUCCCUCAGUUGUUUCCUGUAAGUGCAAUGACUUAUUCUGGAGUCCAUGUGUUGAAGUGCUUUAUAGCAGACAUAACAGGAAGUCUUAAGUAAAUGCAGAUGCAACUUCAAGGUUCUUCACGUCAGCUGGAGUUAAACACCCAGAAGAAUUCCAAUAUUGUUUUAAAUAUUGGGCAUUUCAACUUGAAUGAACUUCAGCUUUAAAAUCUGCAUUAUCCUGAAGCAAGAGUGAAUUUGUUGGGGGUAAGCCUUAUAAAUAAUUACAUCUUAUGUUCAUUAGGACAGAUGUUAACUGGCU